UGAUGAUCUGGAGCAGCAGUGAGUUAAUCCUGUCCCUUUCUCUCUUUCUCUCUCUCUCUGGGCCAUGAUCCUGGGACUGUCUGUGGCUGAGGAACAGUGGUAGACACCUUCCCGCCCUUCCUUUUCCAGACCUCAAGGCUGGCUGAGUAGCUGGCUGCCAACGUGGCGCCCCACUUCCAUGUCUCAGCUGAAGAAUGUGGAAGCCAGGAUCCUCCAGUGUCUCCAGAAUAAGUUCCUGGCUAGAUAUGUGUCCCUCCCAAACCAGAAUAAGAUCUGGACGGUGACUGUGAGCCCCGAGCAAAAGGACCGCACCCCUCUGGUGAUGGUGCAUGGCUUUGGGGGCGGCGUGGGCCUCUGGAUCCUCAACAUGGACUCACUGAGUGCCCGCCGCACACUGCACACCUUCGAUCUGCUUGGCUUUGGACGAAGCUCAAGGCCAGCAUUCCCAAGAGACCCAGAGGGGGCUGAGGAUGAGUUUGUGACCUCGAUAGAGACAUGGCGGGAGACCAUGGGGAUCCCCAGCAUGAUCCUCCUGGGACACAGUUUGGGAGGAUUCCUGGCCACUUCUUACUCAAUCAAGUACCCUGAUAGAGUUAAACACCUCAUCCUGGUGGACCCAUGGGGGUUUCCCCUCCGACCAACUAACCCCAGUGAGGUCCCUGCACCCCCAACCUGGGUCAAAGCCGUGGCAUCUGUCCUAGGACGUUCCAAUCCAUUGGCUGUUCUUCGAGUAGCUGGGCCCUGGGGGCCUGGCCUGGUGCAGCGAUUCCGGCCGGACUUCAAACGGAAGUUUGCAGACUUCUUUGAAGAUGACACCAUAUCAGAGUAUAUCUACCACUGCAAUGCACAGAAUCCCAGUGGUGAGACAGCAUUCAAAGCCAUGAUGGAGUCCUUUGGCUGGGCCCGGCGCCCCAUGCUGGAGCGAAUUCACUUGAUUCGAAAAGAUGUGCCCAUCACCAUGAUCUAUGGGGCCAACACCUGGAUAGAUACCAGUACGGGAAAAAAGGUGAAGAUGCAGCGGCCGGAUUCCUAUGUCCGAGACUUGGAGAUUGAGGGUGCAUCUCACCACGUCUAUGCUGACCAGCCACAUAUCUUCAAUGCUGUGGUGGAGGAGAUCUGUGACUCAGUUGACUGAGCCAAUCUCUGAAGAGGAAGAGGAGAAAGCCAGAGUUGCUCCUGCCUCCCUGUCUGCUUACUCACCUACUCUGUCCUUUCCUCACCAACUAACAUGUGCCAGCCAGGCAGAGUCUUGGGCUGUUCCCGGAACAGGACCACAGUGAAAAGAACACUGCUGACCCCACGCUGAGAGCUGAAGGCAGAAGCCACAAGAGGCCUUGAGCGCCCCACCCUGGGGAAGAACAUAAAGGGUUACCAAUGCCACCCCAUCCACUCCUUGCCAAGUGUUACCCAGAUGGUGGAGGAUGUGAAGGGAUUGCACUGAGCCGCAUUCGGUCUCUCUGCGGCCUUUCUUCCUCUGGGCAAAAAGGGCUUCCAGUUGCCUUUCCUAGCUCUGCAGUGUUUGUGGGGAUAGGUUCUGUGCAAGAACACCUUCCUCCUCCAUCCCCCAUUUCCUCCUCCAUCCAGGGUCUGGUUAACUGCCAAGAGCAGGUCCUAGAGUUCCCUUCACCUGCAGAGCCCUUUCCAUGACCUAAAAGCUCCUUAUCCAAAGCCCUCAUUGACAGAAGUGGAAAUAGGCCAAGGCGGGACAUGGCUGGACCAUGGUUAUAUAGCUCUGUGUGAUACAAGUUCUGGCAGAGAUAAGGCGAGAGCCCAGGUUUGCCAACAUCCCGUUGCACACUUGAUUUGCUAAGGCUCGAGACAGGCACCAUUGCCAUGGGGCUGGUCCUGGUCACUGGCCAAGGAUAAGCCAGUCCCUGCCCCACUUUCUAGCCCCACUUUGCAGGGUGCUGUUGUCCUGCCUGUGUCAGCCCUGGCUGCCUAAACUAGGGACACUCAAGUGCUUCCUUCCUUGCCCCAUCUUCCUCCCAAAUAGAGGCCUCUGAGCCUCCCCUGUGCCUUGGGCCCUAAAGCCCCAAAUGUAGUAUAGAGCAAGGGUGGUUCCUGGUGGAGAAAAGUGGAAAGGCCCUUCACCCCCAGGGCCAUGUCUGGGUUCUCCAUGCCUAUCAGUCUCUGCAGUUUUUCUACCUGCCCCCAGAGCUGAGACCACCUGCAAGCCCCUGCCCAUGGUCCAGUGGGGAGCUUCCAGCUACCAGUUCCCUGUCCUCAUCAGCCACAGGGUGGUUCCCACUGCAUGACCCUGUAUCCCUACCAUCUGUCUCCAUGGUUUCCAGCUCAGUCCACCCCGACCGACCUGUCAGCCCUCUCCCAGGGAGCUUUUUCAGGGGUUCUGGGCAGUAGGCUGGGCCUGGCCUCGGAACCUUGCAGCUCCUGCCUGCUCCUUCACUUUCGUAAAACCAACCCUUUCACCAGAAUGGUAUUAACUCCUGGUGCUUUGUACUACUGGUCCAGCUGCCCUGGGCUUCUUUUCUAUAUUAAUAAAGAAAUGAGUAAAAACU